AUGGGUCUUUUCAAGGGGCUUUUAAAGGCUACUGCCGCCGGCAGCGUUGUCUCGGUCGGUGUCUUCUUCGGUGCCACGCGCAAUGACGUCUUCCGAGGCAUGGACGCCUCUGAUCCGAUUUUCCAACACGCCCUCUUCAAAAAGUUCAAUCCCGAAAAUAACCCUACUCUGCAUGACAUGUGCGUGCGACGCGUUCCUCUUGACAAGAUCAAGCCCGAGCUGCUGGAGAAGAACAGCAAACUGACUGAGGCUUUCUGUGCUGGUGUCUGGGGUGGCCUGGGCUACAUGGCCCAACGCGCUUGGUUCGCCAAUAAGUACCAGGGCCCCGAAACCGCUACCCACCUGUGGUCCCGCCAGGAACUCCUCGAAAGCAAAUACGAGGUCGGCACUCUGAUUACCGAUCACUUCGAAGUCGUCGAGAAGACCGAUGAUCAUAUCACAGUCCGUUGCGGCGAUACCCCUCGCCAUCCCGAUGUUCGUCCUUCCGACGGUCUCUUUGAGAUUGGCGCGGUGAUCAAGCAGGAGGAAGGCGUGGCUGAAUUCACCUUGAAGAGUUGCUUCUAUCAGGGUCUGGGCAAAUCUGAGGCUGCUCCCAUGGGUCCCGUUAUGGUCUGGCUGCACCAACAAUACACUAAACUGUGGAUGGAGACCGGCAUUCUGAAGAACUGUGUGCAAUAA